CUGUCCUGUGGGCACUUUUGCUGGACUUCAGUAUCGUCAGGAAUCAGCUACAGCUCCUGCUUGCCAGGCUCCUGGAGGUGCAGGAUGACUCUUUUUGAUGGCGUCUACCCCUUCUACCCGCAGCAGAGGAAGGCUGCUGUGUUCGACAUCAGCACCAUCAUAGUCAUCGUGGUCUUCCUGACGCUGGCUUGCAGCUUCCUGCUCAUCAUCCCGGGCAUCCGUGGACGGGCGAGGUUGUACUGGACUCUCCGCGUUCUCCUCAGCCUCUUCGUGGGAGUGGUGAUUGUCGUUGUCCAGUUCACAGGGGACUGGGAGACUGGCUGGGUGCAGGCAAACACCUCCUACAAGUCCUUCAGCCACGUCCAGGUGAGCGCGGACAUCGGGCUGCACAUCGGCCUGGCGGGGGUGAACGUCACGCUCCGGGGAAACCCAGUGAACCAGAUCAACGAGACCAUCAACUACAACGAGCACUUUCCCUGGAGCUUCGGGGCGGAUUACGACCGCAGCUACAGCGAGGGGCUGGAGAAGGGGCUGCCCAGCCCCAUCCUGUACGUGGCAGAGAAGUUCAGCACGCAGAGCCCCUGCGCCGUGCACAGGCAGUACCGCAUCGCCGGCCACUACGCCUCAGCCACGCUCUGGGUGGCCUUUUGCACAUGGAUCAUCUCCAACAUUCUCUUCUCCAUGCCUGUCCUCAUUUAUGGAGGAUACAUGCUCCUGGUCACAGGGGCCUUCAUGAUCUUCUCGCUGCUCUCCUUUUCCACCGUGAGGAACUCCCCGAUGUGCGUGAUCCAGAUUGGGACCAGCACCCUGCACGUAGCCUAUGGGGGAUCUUUCUGGCUCAUGCUAGCAAUUGGCCUGCUCUGUUUUGUGGUUGGGAUCACCAUUGUGGCAAUGCACCACCUCAACUUGGACCUGCUGAAAACUUUCUUCGAUCUCCGUGAGGACAAAGCGGAGGAGUACCAGGAAAUGCCUGAGGUGUUCAUCAACCCUCAUUUCGUGAACAAGGACCUGUCUCCUUCUCAGCCCUCUGAAAUCAACAGCAACUAGAAGAAAAUCCUCACUCUUCUUUCCCUGAAGAUGGACCCAAAAGGGCAGAAUAAAUUCUUCUUGAUGUCCCCAGAGAUGCAUUUCCCCAUCCAAGUGCCUUUCAAGUCCACACUGGGAUAGGUCCUUGCUGCAGGUCCCUUCACAGACUGUGUCUCCCUGAUGGUGCCCUCUGGAAGGGGCAGGCUGUGCUGGCAGGCUGCCAUCAGAGCAGCUCACAGCUCCAGAGGCUUGUGCACACUCACCUGGGCACCCCUGUCCCAGGAGGAAUGCCCUUCCUGCUCCAUGCCCUGCCACAGCGCAGCACAGGCAUCUCCAACGCUCUGUUCCCGCUGAAACUGAGAAACGGCUCGUGGGUGACAUUCCUCCCUGGGAGCACCUGCCACUCCAAGGGCCUGGGAUGAAACCUGCUCAUUUCUUUCCCAAACAUUUUGUAGUUUAGGUGUAUCCAGGAGAGCCAGGCAUGGAUCCAGCUUCUGCAGGCUGGAUGCUGCGGGAGCUGGAAUAAAAAAAAAACCUACUCCAGAAACAAAGACUGAGUAAAUGUGCCAUGGAGUUUGCCAUGGGGAUGUGGUGAUGUGAUUCUUUUCACCUUCAAAUUUGGCCUUUAUUAGACAAAACUUGUAGCCUAGUGUGGGCCAAAAAGAUGCCGUAGGAAAGGAAGGAGAGUGAAGAAUGAAGUUAUCCCUGUCCAGCUGGAGCACACUGGCUGGGCAGCAGGGGAGGGAGGGGAGUCUGUCCCUCUGCCUCACUCAGGUGAGACCCCACCUGCAGAGCUGCCUCCAGAGAAGGACAUGGAGCUGUUGGAGUGAAUCCAGAGGAGGCCAUGGAGAUGCUCCAAGGGCUGGAGCCAGCUCUGGAGCCAGGCUGGGAGAGCUGGGGGUGCUCACCUGGAGAGGAGAAGCUCCAGGGAGAGCUCAGAGCCCCUGGCAGGGCCUGAAGGGGCUCCAGGGGCUGGAGAGGGCCUGGGGACAAGGGAUGGAGGGACAGGAUGAGGAGGAAUAACUUCCCACUGCCAGAGGGCAGGGAUGGAUGGGAUAUUGGGAUAGUGGGAAGGAAGUCGUCCCUGUGAGAGUAGUGAGACCCUGGCAGAGGUUGCCCAGAGAAGCUGUGGCUGCACCAACCCUGGAAGUGUUUGAGACCAGGAUAGGGCUUGGAGUAACCUGAAGUACUGAAGGUGUCCCUGCCCAUGGUGGGGGGUGGAAGAAGUUGAGCCUUAAGGUCCCUUCCAACGCAGACUGUUCUGGGAUUCGCAUCUGAAUGCUGGAAACCUGGGCCCCUUCAUUCCAACUAAUUGUAAAGUACGUCAUUUCAAUAUUUUGACUUUUCUUUCUGAGAUCCCCCCUGGCAAGUUACUUACUCCAGUCAGAUGAUACUUGUGUGUCGCUAAUGUGGUUUGUUCUGU